CCCUCAUUUGUGCACAAAGGGUGAGGGUGUCGGGCCGCGGCUCCGCCGGAGAUUGCUUGAUGUCUGUUUGCGCAGACUGCGCGCGUCGCCUUCCUGCCUCCAGCCUCCCUCGCCGUCCCGCUCGCACCCCCGCCCCCGAGCGGGAUGCCACAUACCCCGACCGGACAAUUUGCCAAUACUUGCAUAAACACAAGAUGCCUCAGUAGCGCUGCCGGGCCGCCGCCGGCGAGCGCACUCAAGCCCGCUCAUGUAGUAACAAAGAAAAUCACGUUUUAACGUCUUCCAGCGGAUCAUCCGCAAUGUAGUUCUAAGUAAAAACAAACCUAAUUAUAAGAAACCAAGUCUUCCAUUAGCAUAAGUUAGGAUAAGAUGCAAAGGAGCGUGCAGAGUAGGGCUUCGCGUCGCGAGAACGAUCGGGUGGUGUUCGAGAGGCUGUGGCGCGGCACGUUCCAGGCGGUGUCGGCGCGGCGGGGGCGCGCGUCCUCGCUGGAGGCGCCCCCGCCGCCCCCCGACCCCGCGCCCCCCACGCCCCCCGCGCCCCCGCUGGCGCAGCUCGAGCCCGCGCUGCGCUCGUUGCUCGCCUCGCUGCGGCCCCCGUGCUGCUGCCGCUGCGCCUGCUCCAGCACGGAGCGACCGCUAAGUGACGAAUUGCAGGUCUGUCUCUCCAACGAGGAGAGGAAGUCGAUGCGAUCCGUCAUUAGUGUCCGCGAGACCCACGCGGUGGCUGAAGCUCAACAGGAGAAGAACGCCCGCCUUCGCGAUGCGUUCGGGAUCUCAUCUCGCUUCGUCGAGGGCUCCAGCUUCGACCCCGAGCGGCGCGCGCGAGAGGAGGCGCAGCGCUACCCGCUAGUGAGGACCCCGAGUCGCGAGCGCGAGGAGCGGAACAACACGGCGAGCAAGAAGAAGAAGAAGCGCAGCGCGUCUCCCGAAGGCAAGAAGUCCAAAAAGAAAAAGUCGAAGAAGAAUAAAAAGGAAAAACAAGACGGCUCCAAGAAGAAGAAGAAGCGUUCGAAAUCCGUAGACAGUGACUCAGACAGCAGUUCCGAAGCGUCUCAGGACUCCGACAGCGGCAGCUCCAACGACGAACGCCAGAAGAAGAAGAAAAAGAAAAAGCCGAGCGGCGUGCGUCGAGACAGCAGCAACGCAAGUAGUCGCGACAGUUCACCGGUGAAGAAUAAGAAGACGGCUAAAGACCGCGACCGCAGACCUGAGCAGGACGACGACAAUAAUUACAGGGGCAAAGAGCGGGACAGAGACAACAACUAUGACAGGAAUAAAGGGAAGAAUGACAAGCGCGAGGAAGUAGCCAGAAUCUCCCGCCCCGAGCGCCGGCGCGACCGCAGCGAGUCCAGGACACGGGACGACCGCAGUCGCUCCAGAAAAAGGGAUGAGCGUAGUCGCUCCCGAAAGCGAAAUGAUCGCAGUCGCUCUAGGAAAAGAGAUGACCGCAGUCGAUCGAGGAAAAGAGACGACCGCAGUCGGUCGAGGAAGAGAGACGAUCGAAGCGUCUCCAGGAAGAGAAACGACCGCAGCCGGUCGAGGAAACGCGAGGAUCGGAGCAGAUCCAGGCAGCGCAACGACCGUAGCGUCUCAAGGAAUAAUGUGAAAAGGCGCACCGACCGCAGCGUCUCUAGAGGCGCUCGCAAAGACUCCUCGCCCGAAUACGCGCGGCGCUCGUUCGUAACCAAAAUAGACAAUAAAAAACGUGAACCUUCCCCCGACAGAAACAAAGGAAAGCGACAGCAACGCGAGCCGUCGCCGUCCGACGAUGAAGGGGCUAAAAGAGUUGAGAAGAGAGGGAAAAAGAACAACCGAGAUGAUAGUUCCUCUCCACCACCGGACAAGAAACGACGCCGCAGCCCCUCCUCCGACUACAGGCGACGGGACGAAGUCAGAGGCACGUACUACAACAAGGUCGAGUAUACCAAUGACGACAGACACCGCAGACACAGCCCGGAAAGGCCAAGACGUAGUGAAUCGCCUAAGAGACGCACCGAGGAGUAUAGAAAAGAAAAAGACGAAAGAAACAACAAGCGUUAUGUUGACGAACCUCCGAAAAGGAGGGAGAGAGAUAGAUAUAGCGAUGACGAGCCCCCACGGCGGAGAGAGCGGAGCGCGUCCCGUGGGCGGGGCGACUCGCCCGACCGCAGGGACCGGUCCAAUAACAGACACAUUGUGAAAGAACCAACUCGCAAAGAACCGGAAAAAUACAAAUCCAAAUCCAGGCGAUCACCGUCGUCAGAAUCCGAUGCCGAGCCUCCGCCGGCUAAAGACAAAAACAAACUGCGGUACUACAAAGAGCGGAGUCCAUCACCACAAAGGCGUAGAAGCCCCUCGCCAGAGCACAAGAGGAAAGACUCCCCGCCACCGAAAGGAAAGCGACAGAAUCGGUCUAAAUCCAAGACUGUUGAGAGCAAAACGUCUCGCUCCCGCAAGAAAUCCGAAUCUCCAGAAGAAAAGCGACGCCGCCCGUCGCCCAGCCGCUCCAGAUCAAGGAGCGCUUCCAGAAAGAUCUCAAAGAAGGAGCUAAAGCCUGAUUCCCCUAAGAAGAAAAGAGACAGGCGAUCCUCCUCACCAAAAGAGCAUAAGAGAAGCGAUGAGAGAGAGAAGGACCGCUCUAAGUCCCGUAGCACAUCUAGCCUAAGCUACUCGCCCGCGCGUCGCAGCCCCGAGCGGUACCGAGACAUCAUAGAGAAACUACCAGAUAAAGACAAGCGCAAGUACAUUAAAUCCCCCUCGGACUUGCACCCUAAACAGAAGAAGGCGAAGGUGGAAAACUACAAACCUAAAACUGUGUGCAUGCAGGACUCGUCAAGUGACAAUGAUGACGACGGUUCUGACGGAGACUUUUUAAAGAUGGACGAGCGAGUUCGCCAGGAUGACCUUGACAUGCAGGAGCUGAGCCGUCUCAAGGUGAAGCUGACUCAGAUGGCCAAAGCGCAGAUACAGCGGAGAAGGACCGAGGAGGAAGGCCCGUCCACAUCGCAAGCCGAUCGCAGUGAGUCUCCAAAGAACAAACGCAGCGAAAGCCCCGACGUUGUCAUAGUCAAGGAGAAACAGAAGAGUCCAGAGCCCAAACCGGAACCUAAGAAAGAGGUGGAAAAGGCUAAGAGUCCAGCUAAAAAAGACGCUAAGAAGAGUGCGUCGCCAGAGCGGAGUGUGGCUAAAGCGUCGCCGAAGAAGACUCGGGCUCGCAGUUGGUCUCGGUCGCGGUCUAGGUCAAGGUCGAAGUCAAGGUCAAAGCGCGGAUCGUCAAGGUCGCGGUCCCGGUCUCGCUCCAGGUCUUCCAGGUCACGCUCACGCUCUUAUUCUUCUUCAAGGCGUUCUCGCUCCUCUCGCUCCAGCUCGUACAGCAGUCGCAGCUCGUCUCGUUACUCGCGCAGUUCGUCUCGCUCUACGCGCUCCUCGAGAACUAUGACUGGGGUUUACGAUGACUAUGUCGGGUGCGCGGCGCCCAGUGCUCGGUCGUCGCGCUCGCCGUCCAUCCCGCGGCGCGCCGGGUCGCCCUCGUUCCUGGACCGGCGCCGCAUCACCAGUGCCCGCAAGCGCCCGAUCCCGUACCACCGGCCGACGCCGUCAUCCGCAUCAAGCGCCAGCUCCUACUCAACACGCUCCGAGAGAAGCUGGACCAAGUCCCCGGCACCCAACGCUGCCGAAGAAUAGAAGUAUAGCGCUACAAUGGGGAAGAAAACCAUGUGAAACUUUGACAGUACUAUCGAGUUCUGAUCAAUCACAAUGUUGGGUAGAAAAAAAUGCAACUGAACCAACCAAUAAGAACUGGGGAAUCGGGCCUACUCGACAGUGGUGACAUCUGGAAUUAGCUUUGCGAUUUCCUCCCCAAUUAGCGCUAUAUAUUUAUACAGCGUUUGGAUUCACUUUGGGAUUUGAUCUAGAAGGUAUAGUUUGUAGUUGAUAAGAAGAGCUCUAAAUUGAGAGACGUUGAGAUUAUAAUUAACAGUUUGUUAGGAAAUUUUCUAGUCAAUGCGUUUGCCGAUAACAUUUUACAUCUAUAUCUCCAAGAUUUCGGCUUUUUAUGCGUGUAAAAGUUGGGAAAGCCAGACAAUAUUAAAUUCUUUAGGUAUAUGUUAGAGCUCUUCAAUAUUGAAAGGAGUUUUAAUAGUACGAGUUCACAUUGCCCUUUACUCAAGGCAUAACUCAAUUUAAUCUGUCGCAAUCUUUUUUUUUAAAUGGGGCGAGGUUUAAUAGAAAUAUUAGACCGCCAAAUGUUAGAUACAUCUUCUAAAUUUGCCGAAAGUGAGUUUAAUUCAGAGACAGUAGUAAUAAUUUAAAUAACAUUAAUCUAAGUUGAGUUAAAUACUUACAUACAAUGCAAUGAAAAUCUGACAGUGCAUAGUUCAAAAAUCAGCUAAGCAAUCUGCAUGCUAUUUAUUGAUAGGGUUAAGUUUAGUAAAAGUUUUGCUUGGUAUACUUAUCUAAUUUAUUUAAGAAAAAUAUUUACUUCUCCUUGCUAAACUAUUGUUGUGCUCGGUUUUUUGUUUGUAAUAAACAGUUUCUAGUCUAGUUAUUGAAACAUUCCAAUACUCGAUUAAUUUAAAAUUAUACAUGACUUUUUUGUUGAUAAUUUUAUUUAUAUUAUUUACGGAUUACUAAUUUAUUUAAUUUAUGUACUGGCGAGCAAUUUCUCAUAUUUAUGUGAUGAAUCUACAUAAUUUUAUUUAAACGUUUUAUCAGUCAUCGUUUUCUAGUCGGAUUUUUGCUCGUUAGUGCGAUUGUGAUUAAAAUAACAAAAUACUCUAGUCUUUAGGUAUAAUAUUUAUAAAAUGUGUAGAAUAAGUGCAAUAUAUUUAUUUGACAGCUAGAUUAAAGUUGGAUUUAAUUUUACCUACAUAAGUAUUUAUUGUUACUAUUUAAGAGAACUGUUUACUGAGAAAUCAAUUAAUCAUCAUUUUGGUUCAAAGUCAAUAUUGAAAUCACAACUAUUUAAUAUUUUAUGGCAUACAUAACCUACCUGCUCGCUAAAGCACUGAUCUGCAUAUAAGGGUGUAUCCCACUAUUUCCAUAGAAAUACAAAAUAGAAUAAGUGGGACCACCCUAGAACGUCAGAAUCUGAGUUUCGGAACCAGUGCCAUAUGAUGCGUCCAUAGUACUUGUAUGGUACUGCUUCUGCUAAUAGAUUAUGAAUGGUGAUUGUGCACGCAAGUAGUUAUAUUAUUUGAGGACUGUAUGCAUAGUAUUAAUACUCAUUUAUAGUAAGUUCAUUUGUCUAGAAGUGUCAGCAAGGGAAUAGCACUAUCAGUUUAGUAUCUGCACUCACAGCCUAUUUUGCCAAAACCUACCUAAUGUUUAAAUGAAAAUUGAUGAUGUAAGCAAUUUAAUCUGAAAUGAAUUACCAAAGUUAAAUAUAGAACAUGGUCUCAAACAUAA